AUGACAGUGACAUCGUAUGCUGUAGAAAUUGAAGAUCUGACCUAUACAUUUCCAAGUAAGAAUGAACCUGCUCUAAGGGAAGUGACUAUGCAAAUCCCUUGGAAUACCAGAACUUUAGUUAUUGGAUCUAAUGGUGCUGGUAAGUCUACUCUGUUAAAAUUAUUAAGUGGGAAACAUUUAUGUUUGAAUGGUAAGAUUCAAGUCAAUGGUCUAGACCCCUUCAGUCCACUAUCUAUGCAUCUACCAAAUAAUGAUGAAGCUGAUGGAGAUGUCCAAGUGAGCACUUAUUUGGGCACAGAGUGGUGUCACAUGAAUAUUAUAAAUAGAGAUAUUGGUGUUCUAGAGUUGCUAGAGAGUAUCGGCUUAAAACAUUUCCAAAAGCGUGGUGAUUUACUAUGUGAUAUCCUGGAGAUUAAUUUGGAAUGGAGAAUGCAUCAAUUGAGUGAUGGGCAAAAGAGACGUGUUCAAUUAGUCAUGGGUUUAUUGAAGCCAUGGAGAGUCCUACUUCUAGAUGAAGUGACAGUAGAUCUAGAUGUUAUUGCUAGAGCUAGAUUAUUGGAAUUCUUAAAGAUGGAAACCGAGACGAGAAAAUGCUCCGUGGUAUACGCUACACAUAUAUUUGAUGGUUUAGCCCAAUGGCCUGAUAAUAUCUAUCAUAUUAAGGAUGGUCGUCUAAUUGAUAGACUUGAUUACAAGAAGGAUGUUGAAUUCACAGUAUCUAAAGAACUUUACACCAAUGGGGAUGUAACUUUUGAAGAAGACUCACACAUUUCCAUUAGUAGAGUAAACAGUUUACAUCCUCUGGCAAUAGCCUGGCUAAAAAAGGAUAAUGAUAUUAAGGAUUAG